CCGGACUGCGGGGACCCCGGCUGCCUUCGCCCGCCCUGCCCGGGGAAGGCCGCGCGCAAGGAAUGGCCCUCCAUCCAGGGGUCAGCGAGGAGCGGUGACCACGGGGCCGGAGAACCGAGCUCUUCCUUCCAGGGGCAUUGCCCUUCUCCAGGAGAGGAGGCAUAAGCCGGAGGCCGCAGGGACAAGAACCGAACUGAAAGCCAUGUCUCAGAGCUUGGUGACAUUUGGGGAUGUGGCUGUAGAUUUCUCCCAAGAGGAGUGGGAGUGGCUGAACUCUGCUCAGAGGAAUCUGUACAGGAGUGUGAUGUUGGAGAACUACAGGAACCUGGUUUCGCUGGGACUUUGCGUUUCUAAGCCUGAUAUGAUCUCCUCAUUGGAACAGAGGAAAGAGCCCUGGAUGGUGAAGAGAAAGUUGACAAGAGGCCGGUGCCCAGAUUUGAAGACUGUGCCGGAGACUGAGUUACCUGCAAAGAGGGACAUCCCUACAGAAAAGUUACCCCAGGCAGUGAUAAUGGAGAGACUCACAAACUACAGUCUGGAAUGCUCCAUAUUAGGGGAAAACUGGGAUUAUGGUGCUCUGUUUGAGAGGCAGCCGGGCUUGGUGACCAUCACGAAUAUGGCUGUAGACUUCUCCCAGCAGCUGGACCCAGCUCAGAAGAGUUUCUGUAAGAAUGUGAUAUGGGAGAGCCAUGGUGACCUGGGGUCAGUAGGACCCUGUGUUUCUAAGCCAGAUUUGGUCUCUCUGCUGGAGCAAGGGAAGGAGCCCUGGAUGGUGGAAAGAGAGCUGGCAAGGGGCCUGUUCUCAGGCCAACAAUCUAUAAAUGAGACCCAGGAAUUAUUUCCGAAGCAAGAUUCAUUCGCUGAAGUAACGGAUAGAACUUCAAACACGAAUUUGGAGUGUUCCACUUUCAGAGAAAAUUGGGGUUCUGAGGGUAUGUUUGAAAGGAAGCUGGUAGGUCAGGAGACACAAUUCAGGCAAGAGACAAUCACUCAUAACAAAACCCUCUCUAAGGAAAGAGAACGUACUUUUAAUAAAUCUGGAAGAUGGUUUCAUUUGGACAUUUCAGAAGAGAGAGUUCAUAAUCGUGAUUCAGUUAAGAAAAACUUUCCCAAAAAUUCAGUGGUAAUAAAACAUCCAGGAAUUUAUGCAGGAAAAAAACUUUUCAAAUGUAAUGAAUGUAAGAAAACUUUUACCCAGAGCUCAUCCCUUACUGUUCAUCAGAGAAUUCAUACUGGGGAGAAACCCUAUAAAUGUAAUGAAUGUGGAAAGGCCUUCAGUGACGGCUCAUCCUUUGCUAGACAUCAAAGAUGUCACACUGGCAAGAAGCCUUAUGAAUGUAUCGAAUGUGGGAAAGCCUUCAUACAGAACACAUCCCUUAUUCGUCACUGGAGGUAUUAUCAUACUGGGGAGAAACCCUUUGAUUGCAUCGAUUGUGGGAAAGCCUUCAGUGAUCACAUAGGACUUAAUCAACAUAGGAGAAUUCAUACUGGAGAGAAACCCUACAAAUGUGAUGUAUGUGACAAAGCCUUUAGAUAUGGCUCAUCCCUUACUGUACAUCAAAGGAUUCAUACUGGAGAAAAACCAUAUGAAUGUGAUGUUUGCAGAAAAGCCUUCAGCCAUCAUGCAUCACUCACUCAACAUCAAAGAGUGCAUUCUGGAGAAAAGCCUUUUAAAUGUAAAGAAUGUGGGAAAGCUUUUAGGCAGAAUAUACACCUUGCUAGUCAUUUGAGGAUCCAUACUGGAGAGAAACCCUUUGAGUGUGGGGAAUGUGGUAAAUCCUUCAGCAUCAGUUCACAGCUGGCUACUCAUCAGAGAAUUCAUACUGGAGAGAAGCCCUAUGAAUGUAAGGUUUGUAGUAAAGCAUUCACCCAGAAGGCUCACCUUGCCCAGCAUCAGAAAACUCAUACAGGAGAGAAACCAUAUGAGUGUAAGGAAUGUGGUAAAGCCUUUAGCCAAACCACACACCUUAUUCAACACCAGAGGGUUCACACUGGAGAGAAACCCUAUAAAUGUAUUGAAUGUGGGAAGGCCUUUGGUGAUAACUCAUCCUGUACUCAACAUCAGAGGCUUCACACUGGCCAAAGACCUUAUGAAUGUAUUGAAUGUGGGAAGGCAUUCAAGACAAAGUCCUCGCUUAUUUGUCAUCGCAGAAGUCAUACUGGAGAGAAACCUUAUGAGUGUAGCGCAUGUGGCAAAGCCUUUAGCCAUCGUCAGUCCCUUAGUGUCCAUCAGAGAAUUCAUUCUGGAAAGAAACCAUAUGAAUGCAAAGAAUGUAGGAAAACCUUCAUCCAAAUCGGACAUCUUAAUCAACAUAAAAGAGUCCACACUGGAGAGAGAUCCUAUAACUAUAAGAAAAGCAGAAAAGUCUUCAGGCAGACCGCACACCUUGCUCAUCAGAGAAUUCAUAAUGGAGAGUCAUCAGCACGCCCCUCUUUACCUUCCACAUCGAAUCCUGUGGAUCUGCUUCCCAGAUUUCUCUGGGGUCCGUCCUCACUCCCAUCACCAUAGUCUCAACAUUGUUAUUUCAGCUGGACUGCUCCGUUAGUUUAAAAACUGGUCCCUCUGGUUGGUUGGUUUUGUUGUCCUUUAUGAGUUUGUUCUUCACAUUGCAGUCAGAUUGAUUUUUUUUAAGUGUAAAUACAAUUCAUUCACUUCUUAGGUAAAAACUUGUGUUGAGAUCCUUUAAAUUGGUUAAUACGUAAGAUGUGCUUAGCACAGUGCCUGGUCCAGACCAAGUGUUGAGUAAAACAUUAUUUUAGGACAUUGAAGAGUUACCACAGUCAGCUCUGAAUAAAAAUGAUGCAUAGAAGGAGGCCAGGAGAAACCAGUUUAGAUCAGGAACAGGAGUUUCAAGGUAGUCAGCGAGGUUUUUGCCAAUGGUGGUUUAAAACUUGUUUCCAUAAUGUUGAGUUAGAACUGUGGCUUUCCAUCUCAUCUGCAUAAAUGUAAGGUGAUGUGACUAUUGGUGAGAGAAUUCAGCUUUACUAUACAUCUGACAACAGUCUUAGGAAGUGUGUAGAGAACAUGGAUCAGUAGGCCUCUUAGAACAAAAGAAAUGCAAUAAUCAGAAAAAAUGCAAGAUUUGUAUGUACGAAGUUAAAACUACUGACCUGUUACUCAAGAAUUAGAAAAUUUGGAAAGAUUUGAUCUAUUUAAAAUCACCUGGGCUUAUGAAUGAACUUGCUUCAACUUUUAAGGAACUGUCAACUUUGAGGUAAACCAUUCUAAAGUAGGUGUCAGCAGACUAAUCCAGUGACCAAAGUCUCACUGGUUUUCCAUGAUCUAAAUUAAAAUUUUUUUUAAAUGGUUGAACAAGCAAAAAGAAUAUUUUGUGACAACAUGAAGGUUACAUUAAAUUUAAAUUUCGGCAUCUGUAAAUGAAGUUUUAUUGGCAUAGAGCCACACUCAUUUGUUCACAUUUUCCUGUGGCCGCUUUCACUCCACAGCGACAGAGUUGAGUAGCCGCAGCAGAGCCAAUAUGGCCCACAAAGCCUCAAGCAUUUACUCUGUCCUUUUACAGAAGAAGUUUGCCAACCCUGCUUUGGCACAGAGAAGAAUAUACUAAAGGUUCUAAUUAUUUCUAAGUGUAUAAUACAACUCUCACUUCCAAAACAAGACAAACUAUAAGGCAACUUAGGAAUAGAGGUGAAAGGGAAUUAUUCAACUAUUGAAAUAUGAAAAUAUGUCCGUAGAGGAGAAAUACAUUUUUCUAGAUGAAACACUCAAUACUGUGAACGUGUUUGUAAACUGUCAUCCACAACAGAGUCCCAGUAGGGUAUGUUUACCUCGACAGUUUAGUUGAAACUACCCGAGGAAAGAUAAUUUGGCAAGCAUAGCGGGGACGUUUUUGAAAUAGGUUUCUUCGCAUUUCAGAUUUUGGUAUAUAAUAAGACUGGUUUUUCGUUAUUGGGGGAAAUGUUUUGACAGUUGGUUAUCCACCCUCUUAAAAAAAAAAGCACACAUACCUUACAGAAAAAUAUCAUGCAAUUGUAUUUAACAUUUCUAAUUAUGAAAUGAUAUGUAAGAAGCAAACAGAGAAAGGAGGACGGCUUUACUAAGUAGGACACGGGGUCCUAGAAGACAUGAGGAAGGCAGAAAGUUGGCCUGGACAAAGAUUUAAAACUUCAGCAUGGUGGAAGUCACUAAAAAGAUGUAAAAGACAAUUGACAAAAUAAUACAAGUUAUAUGAAAAAAUAUGUCAUUUGGGAACAAAGUGCCAUUACACAUACAAAGUAGUGGGGGGACAAUUGGCAGCUCAUACCAACGGGCAUGUUGGUGGAAGACUUCAAAUGAAUAGAGAAAAUCUGUAAAUUUCUUAGCCUCGCUAAUCAGAAAAUUACAAAAUAAAACAAACCUUCUUGGCUUUCAGAUGGAUUAAAAUCUAAAAUUUGGAUAAUACCCAGUACUGACAUCAGUGUGGGAAAACAGAUACUUGAUCAUUAGCUGUGUAAAUUUGUCUCCUUUUUGGACGGCAACAUAGUAUGACUUAUCAGCCUUAUAAAUAUGCGUUCCUUUUGAAACAAUAAUCCUAGAUCUAGGAAUUUUGUCCCAUUGGAAUAAAUAGAUGUAAAUAAUGUUUAUUGUAAAAUUGUUGUAAUUAUGAUAAAUAGGAUUUCAGUGUCCUGCCAAGCAGGUUCAUUAAACUGAUUAUUCAAUACUGUAUUGUCUGGUUAGUAGAAAGAGGUUAAAUUCUAUGUAUGCUUCUAUGGAGAGUUGUCCGUCCACAAUAUAUUAAACGAGAUAUGUGACUUGCAAAA